AUGGCCGAGCAUCAAGCGACUUCCGACACCGAAAAAGUACAAUGUGAGAUGCUGGAGCAGCGUCUUCCUCCUGACGUGAUUCAACCCGAACCACAAUGGGCUAGAUAUAUUCCUGGGGGCUACUCAAAAUCACGGUGUCUACGGAUACGUGGAGCACCCAUGAUGUGUGCAGUACUCCUCCUUGCGGGCACAGCGAUCAUGUUCUUUGGCUAUGACGCCAGUGUUAUGUCGCAAGUCAACUCGAACAAGGACUAUCUGCACCUCAUGCGUCUCGAAGGAGGAACUUCUGGCGACUCAGCUUUCAUCGGCGGCAUUGUUAGCAUCUGGUUCUUAGGUUUCGCCAUCGGUGGCUUGCUGGUCGGUAUCUAUGCAGACAAGGUUGGACGUCUCAAGACCAUCCAACUGGGCUGUGUAUGGGCCCUAGUUGGCGCGGCUUUGCAAGCUGCCGCCCAAAACGUCAGCAUGAUGAUGGUCGGUCGUGUGAUAGGCGGUGUGGGAUGCGGGCAUCUCAACACGAUUGUUCCGAUCUGGUCAUCAGAAAUCGCCGACCCCAAGUACCGCGGCGCGUUUGUGGCUGCCGAGUUCACGAUGGCUCUUCUCGGAAGCACUCUAGCAUUCUGGAUGGAAUACGCCCUGGUCAAGACUCACGCAGCUCCGUUUGCAUGGAGAUUCCCUGUCGCUUUCCAAGUCGUUUUUCUGAUCGUCAUCAUGAUCAUCACACCGUUCUAUCCUGAAAGCCCACGUCACCUUGCAAGGAGCGGUCGCGUUGACGAAGCACAAGAAAUCCUGGAACAGUGCCGCUCGAAUCCGGACCACCAAGCCAUUCUUCAAGAGAUCGAAGAGAUCAAGGAAACUAUCCGCCUUGAAGCGAAGGCUGCAUCAACCACAUACUACUCGAUGCUAUUCCGGAAAGAUGAUCUUCACAAUCGUCGCCGCAUCUUGCUGGGAGCGGGCAUUCAAGUCCUCCAGAAACUCACUGGUAUUGACUUCAUCGCCACGUAUGCACCACAGAUGUUUGCCCUGAGUGGCUUUACGGGCAACAAGCCUGCCCUGCUAGCCGGUGGCAAUUUCUUUAACUACACCGCCAGCUUGGCAUUGGCGGUCUUCCUCGCCGAUAGGGUGGGCAGGAGAAAGCUCAUGCUUUCUGGAUGUACCAUGAUGGGCACUGUACUUGUUGUAGGCGGCGUGCUCAGCAAGAUGACGCUCACCCACCAAGGAACGGACAAGGCUGCCGGUUUCGGCACUGGAGUAUGUGCAAUUCUGUACAUCUAUACCUUCAUUUACGGCAGCACAUGGUUGACUACCUGUUGGGUGUAUCCAACAGAAUGCUUCCCACUUGCCACUCGAGCGAAGGGUACGGCGCUAGCGGUGGUCGCAUUCUCGGUUGCCGGCGGAGUUGUGAAUACGAUCAUCCCAUACCUCAUCACUGCGGUUGGGUUUUGGGUAUUUGUGGCGUUUGCCGUUAUCAACGUUCUUAUGCUUAUUCCAAUUUAUCUUUUCUACGUUGAAACCGCAAAUCGCCAUCUGGAAGACCUCGAUAUCCUCUUUGCCACGGAGUCGCCUCUCGUGUGGCGGGCGGAGAAAGAGUUCGCACGUCGCAAAGCCGAGAGUUCGCGACUUGACCAGCCGACCGGGCGUGCGUGA